UCAUUUAUGUAUUUACUGUUAUUUAACCAAAGUUUUAAAAUCUUAGCUGCUGCUGUUUCAGCUCAGAAUCUAUGAAACUGAAACCUUUUCAUGUUUACCACCGAUCAGCUGUGGCAGCCAUCUUUAAUUAGUUCAAUUAGCAAAUGUUGCUAAUUGUUAGUGUCUGAUUUUAAAUGGUUUAAAGUAAAAGACUGAUUUUUUAUUUGAGUCUAAGCUUUGAGUCCAGCAGAGAAAACUCAGCUGGGCCUCCAGGACCUGAGAGCAGGUGAGCUGAAGGCGGAGCCACAGGUGAACAGAGCGCUUCUCCUCCUCUUCAUCACAACACACUGUGCUGAAGAACCGAAGUUGUGUCUGUGUAUAAAAAGUGAUGCUGCAGUGGUUUGGAUCAGCCUCGUAUCGGAUCCCGGACCCGACUGAAGAACUUCCUGCCCAUCAGAUUUUUCCAAAAGAUUUCUUUCUUUUUGACCUGAGUGAAACUUUCAUCUUCAACCAUGAGACGUUCUCAAUACAGCGGUCGUUUCCUCAACCCGGUGCCGACCACCAACCUGCUGCUGGAUGAUGAACCCGACUUCAGACAGUUUGAACCAUUUGUAGGAGAACCUGAAGCCAUUCCUCGAGCCGUCCCACCUGGAACCAGUUCUAACCCGACACCCCAGACGAACUCCUUCGUGGUGGUGACCUUUGGGAACCGUGCUGGCGGUUCGUGGAUGGGCCAGAUUCUGGGCUCUCAGGGUCCAGUGGUGUCCCUGGGCAUCACACCUAACCCCAGUGCCAUCGUGGGCCUGUAUCGCACGUACGUGGCCAUCUCUGCAAGCAACGGCAUACAAAGAACCAACAGGGACCCCAGCACCGACCUGUACGUGCUGUUCAACGCCUGGUGUCGAGACGAUGAUGUGUUUUAUCCUGAGGAUGCUGGACGUUCAGAGUACGUCCUUAACCCCACUGGUAUAAUAUAUCAGGGCACAAACACCCAGGUGACUGAGCGGGGCUGGGUCUUUGGACAGUUUGAGGCCGGCGUUCUGGAUGCCUGUAUCUACAUCUUGGACACCUGCCAGAUGCCGAUUGAAAGUCGCGGUGAUAUUGUCAAAGUUCUUAGGACGGCAUCCGCCAUGAUCAACUCUCAGGAUGAUAAUGGUGUGCUGAUUGGAAAAUGGGGGGAGGAUUUCUCCAUGGGCACAGCCCCAACAUCCUGGACAGGAAGUGCCAAAAUCCUUCUUCAGUACCAAAACACUGGUGCUCCUGUUGGCUUCGCUCAGUGUUGGGUGUAUGCUGGCGUCCUGAACACCUUUAUGCGCACCCUCGGGAUCCCAGCGAGGCUCAUCACCAACUACAACUCGGCCCAUGACAACACGGGGAACCUGAAGACCGAACUCAUCUUCCUGCCUGAUGGCUCGCCUGACAGACGCAGGACCAAGGACUCCAUCUGGAACUACCACUGCUGGAACGAGGCCUACGUUAGACGUGUCGACCUGCCGCCUCAAUUCUCCGGUUGGCAGGUGGUGGACGCCACGCCCCAGGAGACCAGUGAUGGUUUUUUCCGUUGUGGUCCGACAUCCGUCACUGCCGUUAAAAAUGGUGAGCUGUGUCACCAGUUUGACGCUGGCUUCGUAUUUGCUGAGGUGAACAGCGACCUGAUCUUCUUGAAAUCUGACAAAUACGGCAACUUGACUCCAUUCAAGAAGGACACAACUUUUGUUGGGAUCCUCAUGUACACCAAAUCUGUGGGAGGUUGGACUCCUGAAGACAUCACACUGACCUACAAGUACCCAGAAG